UUCACAAAUAAAUCGACGGCGGUAAAAUUGUGGAAAAUCAGUCGUUCAGUGGAUUUAGAUGUAAACAGGUCAUCAUAAUCAAUUCAAUAAACCAAACAAAAUGGAUACAUUUCAAUUGGGUGAUUUAUUUGGUCCGUUUUUGGUGUUUCUUGCACUAUUCAUGAUAAUUGUGCUGUUGGAUUUAUUCUAUGAACAGUGCAUCUCGUGCGAUGUUCGAAAUCCAAUCUAUAGAAAACAUCACAGUUUUCGGUUUCACAUGAAGCGAAUGGUGGCUAGACUUCUGUUGAAAUUGGGAAAGCGGAAAGCCAUGCCCGACUAUGUGGUUGAUCAACUACAAACAUUCUCCGAUGCUGAUGAAAUGCCCGUUGAUGCGGUGUAUUACAACACGAGUGCUGCAAACCACCAACUUUUAGUAUUCUCUGCAGCGAGACGGAAAAAUGGGCUCAUAAACUCAUUGGGAUUCAUAAAAGUGCCUGAAUUCAGUAGCAAUUUGCUAACGCUACCGAGUUUCCCAGAAACGACACUCUAUCAAACGGCAGAAGAGCAGAAAGUAAUGAAUUGCUAUACCGUGGCUGGCUUGAAAAUAACAUCUAUGGUGCCAAAGAAGGAAUACCGCAUCGAAUAUAUAGGGAAAAUGUUGCUACUGGAUUCAGAACCAUACAAAGAAAUUGACGUUGAACUGAAUGCGGUCUGGCGUUCAAAUCUACCGGCAUUCAAUUUCUCCACAGAUAUUAGCACGAUCGCAAUGAGCGAAGCAAUGGCACUUCAGCCAUGGUCCAGAGAGUGGUUCGAAAUAUUGAAAACUCACCAUCAAACGCAUUUUGAGCAGUACGGUGACGUUGAGGGUAUCGUGAAAAUCAACGGCAGCCAAUAUCCGAUAAAAACCAGUGGUAUGCGUGAUCGCACGAUUGGCGCAAAACGAGAUUGGAAUGACUUUCAUCGAUAUGCCAUUCACAUGAUUCGCCUGGACAAUGGGAAUGCAAUAACAAUCGGUGUAGUCUCGAUGCCGGUUAUGUUUACAAGGCUCGUUAUCGGUUUUGUGACCAAAGCAAAAGAUAACAUCAAUGUUCCAAUCGAUAGCUGUUCGAUCGAUUUGAAUGAAUACGACAAACACGAUCCGCCAGAAACUUAUAAUUUUGGCUUCGUUGCAAAUAAUGAUUCGUAUCGCGUACAUGUGAAACGGCACACGAAAACGAAUAUCUAUAUAGGUGAACAGUCGGAAAGCUGUCUCGUUGAGACAUGGUGUGAUUUCAAGGUUAACGGUGUCAAAGGAUGGGGCGCCACGGAAUGGCAAUAUCAAAAUGAGAAAAAACAACCAAAUUAUUAGGGUUUUUUUUCGAUAUAUUUUCAAUUUCUUCGAAACAUUUUAUAACAAUAAAUACAGUGGAACCUCAGAAAUUAGAAUUCCUCCGAAACAUAACGAGAGCAUGACGUAUUUGAAACGUCUAACUCCAUCUACGGAUUUUUCCAGCAGUUGUGUUCUAUUGAGUUGCGAAUUUAACUAUUUUUGGGCGAAAUUAUCUCAAAAGUAUGCUAAAAUGAGUUAUUUGUCAUGCGAACGCUCAAACGACUACUGUUAACCCUUUAUCACAUUUCGGUUCCUAAAGUAAUCAGAUACGCCAGACGCUAUAGCUAUGAAACCACUGAAUAUUUUUACAUUCUUGUUUGGAAACAAAUGUAGGGAAUUGAACUAGCUUUCAUUUGAUACUUUACAGGCUACAAUUGGCUGGCUGAAUGGAAAGAUUUUUCUGUUCAUGUACUGCUGUAAAAAAAAUGCGAAAUUAUAGCAGAAUUCCACAUUUUUCCUCCUCUUAUCUUGUGGGUUUGUUCAUUCUUUUCAAUUGUCAAAUUAGGACUCGUAGGACCAAAACACAUCAAUUUAACUUUCUGCAUCAUUAGUUUUAUGAAAUUUAAUUUUUUCAAGCUUUUAUAGUGAUUUGACACUUUUAACUCUUUUCCGAUUUUCUCGACAAAUACGCAAUUUUUCAAAAAUCUAAGCAUGAGGUUUUUCUCUAUUUAUCGUGGCACAAAACAUAUGUCAAAAUGAUUCAAAAACAAAAAAUUGUGCAUCAAAGGGUUAAUGUACGCACUGAUUCAGUAGACAUGCAAUGGUUACUAGAUGACAAAUUUACAAUACACUCGAGUGCAUGUAUUUGCGCGUACAUUUCCGGUAGCCGUUUGAGCGUUCGCAUAACAAAUAACUCAUUUUUGUAUAUUUUUGAGAUAAUUUCGCCCAAAAAUAGUUGAAAUCGUUAUAUAUCUACUCGAUUCACAACUACUGGAAAAAUCCGUAGAUGGAGUUGGACGCCCGUACCAAAUGUAAUGUAUUGAAACUCCAUAUAUAUGCUCGGAGUAUGCUCCGAAAUUAGAAGAGAAUCCUCCGCUCCAUUGCUGCUCUAUAAACUUUCAUAUCGAAAUAAAUGAAUUGUUUUGUCUGAUAAUUCUUUUAAUUUAAUUGGAAUAUUAUUAAGAAUUAUUAAGGCAGAGUAUCAAAAAUAUUGGAAUCUUGCUAAAAGUUUGUUUCAAAGUUAUAUUUUUAUUUGGGAAUUUCGUUCUGGUGUUACUGUAGUGUCAUUUUGUUCAUUUAAUUGCAAAAUUAAUGCAAAAAAAAUUGCCUCCGAAAUUAGAAGAAUUCAGAAAUUAGAAGUACCCAAAGUAUAAACACCUUCUAAUUUCCGAGGUUCCACUGUAUGACAAAAUAAAUUCGUAUGAGUAUGCGAA